GACAUCACCAACACCAUGUCCCAUCCUUUUUAUAACCCCUAUGCCCCCGGGAACCACAAUCCCACCCAGGGGCAGUAUGGACACUCCAAUACACCGCCUGAGAGGGAUCCUCGGGGGCCACCUUCUUUUCUUGGACCCGGUCCUAGGUUCAGUUCUUUUGGAGCUUCUCCUGUAAUUCCUGAAAACUCUGGACAAACAGUCUCUGCGUCACUGAAUUACAGGCCUGAACCUAGUCGGGCCAUAAGGGAUGAGGAUACAAAGAGCUCUAUAGACAUGCACAUUGGGAGAGCCAGAGAGGGGGCAUGGCCUCCUGGUACACCCUUGCAUCAACCUAUGGACCAGGGGACCCGGUUUACCAGCACGCAAAGGGAUGACUUUCGCUCUCCUGGCGCCUCCUACGCAAUGACUACAGCCUCUGCUUCUCUGGGACACAAACAUGAAGUGGACAUUGGAAGUGGCAGUAGCAACUUGAACCGUUUGACAAACUAUAUACGGCCCUCAACAGAUGGCUCCAUAUUAAAGUCAUCAUCUGCUUUGUCAAACUAUGCAAGAAUUGCUGACGGUAGGUUAAAUAACCCUGAUGAAAGAGAACAUGGUAUGCAGACUAUUCCAGGGUUAGGUGAUUAUGACCGUUCAGCGUCAGACAAACCAGCAUCCUCUACAGAACCCUUUCAACCCAUGUACACCUAUGAAUCAGCUGCUAGCAUCCUUCUGCAAUUCGGACUUGAGAAAGAGGAUUUGGAACAUCUCAUCUCUUAUCCUGAAGACCAGAUUACCCCUGCUAACCUGCCAUUCAUCUUGCGCCAAAUACGCCUUCAAAAGGACAAGAGUGCAGCAACAGCAGUUCAGUCAAAAGCCUAUCUCGAACCCCAGCUCACCAGAACAAUGAGUUCUGGUGGGGCAGUGGAUAAAACUUCAUCAGCUGUACUCCAGCCGAGUAAUGUGAUUGACUAUGGACAUACAAGCAAGUAUGCAGCAGGUGUUGGGGAUGAGAUUGGAAGGAAAAUUGACAGAGACAACAGUGGUGGGAGUGGAAAUUUGUUUGUGAUGGACACUGAUGAAAGACACUGUAGAGAACCACUGCAGAUAAACACACCAGAGUUUAAAAGUAGUGCCUUGGGUUCGUCAAGUGAGCAGGCGCGUUCUUCCACCACUCUAAGCUCUAUGUACGGUUCAGUUCUUAGACCUGUUGAUUCUCCAAGCAGUGAUCAGACAAAACCAUGGCAGGUUCAACCGAAACGGACUUUCCAAGAUAUCCUCAAUUCUUUCUCUCAGCUAAAGAAAGACUCAGACAUGAGUGCUCUCAAGUCUGAGGCCUCCAAACUUGCUUCUUUGAGUCAACAGGAAGUACAUCCCCAGUCAAUAUUGAAAACCCAACCACCCUCUACUCGAACCCAUGGCACACAUCCCAGCCGACCUGGCCUUGUGCUAAUUGGCAGUAAAACUCCAGGUCAAAGGCCAACAGUUCCCGUGAAGAGUCAUCAGGCAUCGCAACAGCCAAUACAGCAGACGCAGAAGCAGCCGGUUAAGAAGGCCAAGAAUCAGUCACUAAAGCAAGUUUCGAAGCAGCCGGUGCAGAAGCAGCCUUUGAAACAGCAGCAGUCAAAGAAACAGAUGCAGCAGCAUCAAAAGCACCCAGUAUCACAGAAAGGGCAAGUUCUUCCUACUGGUGUCCUUGCACGCUUGGUGAAGCUAGCAACUUCUAAAGGACAGCCGAAAAACGAGGCGGUAGUGUCCAAGGAUCAGCCAACACCAGAGAUGAUGUUUGACUAUGCUGCGGCCUCACCAAGAAUCUUUCCUCAUACCUGUGUUCUAUGUAACAAAGAAUGUACUGACUUGAAGGUGAGUAGAAGACUGCCCCCCUGCUGUUCUCUGUCCUUUCUUGGACACUGUGGGUAUCUAAAUUUCUUCUUUUUCAAUUGUAUAAUUACAUUAUGUUUGUCAAUCAGUUGUAAUUCUGUGGAUGAUUGGAUCGCCCACCAGAACAGCAGUCUUCACCUUGAGAGCUGCACACGCCUCAGAAAACAAUAUCCUAAGUGGGAUGGUGGGAUUACUCUUGGGCCUAGGGCUGCAGGUAAAGAUGCCAAGACCCCAAGCUCAACCUCUGCAAAGAAAACCAGGCAUGGAAGCCGCUCCCGUUCAAAAUCUGUUAGCCCUCAUCGCCGCCGUGGCUCAGAGGGUCGACGGGAUAAACGCAGAAGCCGAUCCCGGUCUCCACAGAGCUCCAAAUACAGCGGCAGAUAUGAUGGCCCCGCCACCUCCAGCUAUCGGUCUCGUUCACAGAGCCCUGAGAGACGAUCCUCACCACGCAGGAAGGACGACAGACAAUCAUCUCCAAGAAGAACCCGUGAUAGACGAUCGCCCCUAAGGAGGAGCAACGAGUCGUGGUCGCCACCGAGGAACAGAUGGUCGCCACCAAGGAAGGGCGAUGCUAUACGGGGCGACGAGAGAUGGACGCCGCCAAGGAGGCCUGAAGGAGGAUGGUCACCGUUAAGGAGGGCCGGCGAGAGACAGUCACCGUCGAGGAGAAGCAGCGACAGCCGAUCGCCAACGAGGAGGGUCGAGAGUAGGUGGUCACCGCCCAAGAGGUUCGACAAGCGAAGGUCGCCACAGAGGAGAGUUGACGACAGGUGGUCGCCGCCAAGGAGAGCUGGCGGGGGGCGGUCGCCCCCAGGGAGGAGUGCUGGAAGCAGAUCGCCGCCCGGGAGGAGCCAGGAGAGACGAUCGUCCAGAGAGGGGUCGUCCCCUCAACGGAAAGCAUCAAACAGUGCGGAGAGUCUGGCUAAAAAGCUGCUGGAAACAUCAGCCGCCCAGUCGCUGUCCAAUAAGUCCGACCUAGAGACCAUGGUUAAAACUCUGGCUCCUGCUUUAUUGGCCGAGCUAGCCAAAAUGACCUCCUCCUCCUCUUCUUCGUCAUCUCUCAAAGGAGGAAAACGCUCCUUGCCUGCUUCCUCUUUGAGACGGAAGAAAUUGUCUUCUUCUGCCGCUUCCUCGACUUUUUCCUCUUCUGCAGCGAAGAGGAAACGGUCAGCGACAAUUCCAUCCAAAGCCAUGCGUCUGCUCAAGAGUGAGGUGAGACUAAAAGGCAUCCAUGAAGGUAUUUCUCAAGACGAUGUGGUCACUGCUGUGGAGCACUUUGGAAAAACCAAGUUUGUCAACCUCUAUCGGUCCAAAUCUGAGGCAAUCGCGCGUUUCGAGAAAGAAGAAGAUGCUAACAGACUGAAGAUCUUGAAGUUCCUCGAUGUGAAAGGAGGAAAGGUCACUGUUGUCAUAGAAAAGGUGGCUGUGACUAAGAAGCAAAUAAAGCCUCCUCUAAAAAAACCUACCGCAUCCGGUGUCUCCACAAAGACCGCGACCAGUAUGAAGGCUCUUCUACCUACACCCAAUAUUCCUCCACUUAUGUCGCUCUUUCACUCUGUAGCCAAUCAAGACGCAGCAAGAAAACUUGUCAACCAGAAACCCGGAGCUAAAAACUCAGCGAAAGCGAUAAAAACUGUAAACAAGGCAAAAGUCUUGGUAUCCAUGGCGAAAAAUGUCUCAACCAAGAUGGUUGCUAAAAAUGUCAAAACAGCUAAGCUCCCUGUAAAGGAAGAAGAGAAGACCGACCUGGCCAAGCAAGAAACAUCCUCAGGAUCCAAGUCCACAUCACCAGAAAAUCAAUCUGACACUGGUGACUCCAAAGAAGAACUGGUGCCUGAAAAUGCAGCGACCACUAACAAAGAAGUCGGGAUGAAAGACGCCAUGGAAGUCGACAAGUCUGCAAACAGGACAGUUAGUGAACCAGCAGAAGCCCCACCAAUUGGAGAAAGGGUCCCGGUUUCCCAGGCAGAAACUCAAGCUGCGACGGAUGUGAGUGUACCCUCAAAAUCUGCAGAUUCAGAGAAUCCGACACAUGUAGAGAGUUUGAAGCUCAACCAACCCGAAACCAAGGUUCCAGAAUCUUUGGAGGUGCACAAAGAAACAGCCGAGUCUGGUAAAGCGUCACCUCCGACCGUGGUGAAACUGCAGGGGAUUGGAAGUUCUCUCUCUCACAGUGACGUUCUCUCCGCCGUGAAGCACUUUGGAAAAACUAAGUCGGUGAUACUGGUCCGAGCCAGAUUGGAGGCUGUUGUGAUUUUCGAAAAAGAGGAAGACGCUAGGAAACUGAAGAGCGUGAGAAGCCUCAAUGUGAACGGAACCGAAAUCACCGUCAUCACUGAAAAGGAGACCGUUUCUAAGGAAGAAAAGCCUCUUCUGCUAAGACCACCUGUCUCUUGCGGUGCAUCCACCCCUGCAUCCAGCAGUGCAAAGGUUCUUCUCCCUUCACCUUCCACGCCUAAAGCAGGGUUAGAAAAGGCCUCAGCUCAGCAGAAACCCAAACCUCCAGAGGACCAGCUGCCUGCAGGAGAAGCUGCGACAAAAGAACAUGUCGAAGCAACAGCUGCAAAAGAUGCAAGGAAACCUACCAAUUCAACAGCUGAUAUUCAGGCUGAUGGAGAAAAUUCAAAGCCUCAAGAAUCCUUGGUGGUGUCAGAGGACACGGCCCAGGCUGUUGUGAACCAAUGGAGCUCGGGGGAUCAGGAGUUAAAUUUGAUGGAAAUUCAGAGCCAGGAUCACGGCACAAGGAUCAGAGACCAGGACCGAAGUUUCACAAGUGCUGCACAGGCUGCAGGAAGUAAGAACGACGCUGCUGCUGUGGAGGCGGUGAUGCCAGGUGGAGGGACCGAGACACAAACAACACAGGAAGGUCCUCUGACUGCAGGUGGGUCACAAAUGGAUUCAACGUCAACCAAGGAGGCCUGCCAGGUCCCAUCUGUCUCGACUGAGGUAUCCAAACAGCCGUCGGCAGCAGUCGCCGGACUGACUAUCGGCGAGAUGCUAGAGAAACACUUGUUUCCAAAAGACAUCAACGCCUGGCAGCCGUACUGCCUCUCACAAACACUCCCUUAUGGAUACAAACAGUUGCUCAUAAGUGGACUGCCGAUGUACUACCCUGGUUUCUACACAGAGACGGAUGUUGCCAAUCUGCUCCUUCCACUCGGGUUUCAAAAUAAAGAAGACAAACUCUUUGUCAUUCCUCAGGCGCGCAUGGCCUUUGUCACGAUGCCAGCGGUGGAAAAUGUUUUACACUUAACGAGAACCGCUGCGCAGAGUGGCUUUUUCUUCAGGGGGACCAGACUCGUAUUUGAAGUCAUCAACAUACGCUACCCACUGACAGCGGCUCAGUUUUAUACAUAUUUGAAGAAAGUGCUGAAAUGUUCUGUGACUGAUGAGGUGGAGAGAACCGUCCUCAUCUGGAACAUUUCACAGAGCGGGAUCAGACACCUCAGAGAAGCUCUGAAAGAGUUUGGUCCUGUCACAAACUUCAUGCCCCUCCUCAACAAGCUCUUUGUAGAGUUUGAGUUUGUUGAAGACGCUGAUCGGUUUGAAGGUUGGUACAGUGAAGUGAAACAAACCCCCGGUUCUAAAGUCGUCAGACUGAAAGGACCGAACGUCAACUCUCAGUCACUACGUCCUGUGCCUGCAGGGACGACACAAGCCGAUGCAGCAUCAGCCAAGGAUGCCUCCAAGACCGAUGGAAAAGUCUCUGCUGGGACUGAGAAACCUGGAACAUCAGAAGCAGCGCCGUCUGCAGCAGAAGUGGAAUCAAAGGAAGGCGUCGCAGAAGUCGCAAUUGUGCCCUCCAAAUCUGAAGCGUCAGGAAAACAGCCUGACCUCGGUGACUCAGAAGUCAAACCUGAAUCAUCUGGAGCUGGAGCAGGGCAGCAAGAAAAAUCUGCUGACAUAACCGAUUCAGAAACAGAAUCGGCGACUCAGAAACACCAAAUUCCUGCAGAAGAGCUUGCAGCAAAGGAAGCUGACACCGGUAUCAAAGGACUGGGAGUCCUGCUGAAGGACUCUGAAGAAGUGGGUUUGGCUUCCCAAGCAGAAACGGUCUCAACGACGCAGGAACCCAACACUCAAGCAGACAAGCUCGGAGCAAAUGCAGCAUCUUCUGAACAUGUGGGUCGAUCGAAUGAUGCAAAUGAACCGAUGGAGGUCGCAGAACCGGGCUGUACGGAACCUACAGGAAGAGCACCACAAGAGCACCAGCAGGCGGCAGAAGAAGCUGCAGUGGAGGCUGAGACAGGAACGACUCAAACAGAGAUGACACAAAUGGAUUCAACAUCGACCAAAGAGGCCUCCGGAGCAUCCGCGCCACCUCUCGGCAAAGACUCAGUGGCCGCCUCGUCUGUGAAAACCAAAGCGGCGGCGGCUGCAGCAUCCAGGUCAUCGUCCUCUGCGGUCACCUGGCCGACUAUCGGGGAGAUGCUGGACAAGUACCUGUUUCCAAAGAGCAUCCAUACGUUAGUGUUUCCACACGUCACUGCAUUAUCUUACAACCAGCAGCUGCUCAUAUGCGGCCUGCCGACGUAUCAUGACGGCUGCUACACGGAGGACGACAUUGCCGACCUGCUCGUUCCGUUUGGAUUCAAAAACAAACAAGAGAAGCUCUACGUCAUUACUCAGACGCGUAUGGCCUUCGUCCUGAUGCCGACAGCAGGAGACGUGAGCGACAUAAUAAGAGCCUCCAGAAGGGAUCCCAUUAUAUUCAAAGAAUCCGAACUCCGCUUCCAUGCUUUAGACAACACCAUUUCCAUGAGACCGUUCUGGUUUUAUGAAUCCCUGAUGACACGGUUAGAUUAUUGCAUGAACGAGGACAGAGAUGCAGUCAUCUUCAUCAGGGACAUUUCACCCACAGAGACCAGAGAACUCAGAGAGGCUUUGACUAAAAUGGGCUCCAUCAGGAACUUCCUGCCUCUCCUCAACAAGGUAUUUGUAGUGUUCCAGACCGCCUGCGAUGCUGAUUGGCUCGGAGUUUGGUACAGUCUUCUGAGACAAGCCCCAGGCUACAGAAUCCAGAGGCUCAAAAUACCACUCAGCACCAGUUCACCACCUUCUCCAAUGGUUCCUAAGGACUGUCUGCUGGACAGCAAGGAUCUAAUUGAUGGUGUAACCGUCCCGUCAGCAAAAGUUGCCAUUCCACAGUUCAGCCCUUCACCAUUUUGGAUCAGUUUGAGAAACAGUCCCUUUGUGUUCCCAACCAUUUCUCCUUGGUUCAUCAUACCAGAGUACCAAACUGUCAAGGGCUUGUUUGACAUUGAGAAGGCCAGUCGUCGAGGUUCGAUGUGCCCCACAAUCAUGUUGACUGGUUUGCCAGAAGGAAACUACAAACAUGAAGAUGUGGCGAGGCUGGUGUGGCCAUAUUUCCCCAAACAGACCCUUCACUCCCUGUACUACAACGUGACAGUCCUACCGCUGCAGAGGAGGGCGUUUGUGUUCUUCUCUGAUUGGACGACAUGUUCCGACUUCGUAGCAGCUCACGUCGCUAAGCGCGUUUCACUGAAAGGGCGCAUCGUCGGCGUCCACUUUGUCUUGCAAAACAUGUAUCCUGAAUCCAGUGAGGAGAUGAUGUACAGAAGCCUGAUGAAGUGGAGCAACGCUGGAGUUCCUGAUCCGACGUCUCUGGAGGAGCGUCUGCUGUGUGUGGAGGUCUCUGAGGUGUCUCUGGACAUCAUCACAUUGGUCAUAGAGAUGGUGGCGUCCAUCGCGACCUUUGUCAACUUCCUGCCACUUGCCAACAGGAUAUGCAUUGAGAUGACUGACUCCAGCGGCGUCACCGAGGUGGUGGAAAAAUACAAGGAUCCCUCCCCCAACUCUUUCACAGCGGACCCUGCUUGGAGUAGAGUGAAAAACUUUGAAUCUUUGCAGAGCCUCAAACAGCGCCUACAAGAUUCUGCUGAGGUUACAAUAAACCUUGAUAAACCAGGCGCCACUGUUGGCAGAGACGAGGCCCCUGAGAUGGACGAGGACAUGCUCAAAGCCAUCACAGUGACAGUGGGUAAAAACAGACUUGUUCAGAAGAGCAGGUCUCAGAGUGCGGAAAGACAGGGUGAGGAUGAUUUUACAGACGAUUUAGUCUCGUCUGACGCCUACCUUUUCGACGAGGAACAAUUCAACGAGGAGGAAUUCGUCACCGUCGAUGAGGUUUACGAUGACGUUGAAGACUUGAGCCCCGAACCUCGUCGCUACUCCUCGUCCAAGCACUCGUCCAGAGAGAGAGGAGAGAGGCAGAGCUCUGGGGGGUCGUCUUCCCACCAUCGGACCUCGACGAGAUCUUCGAGAGACUACAAGAGCUCGGCCUCGUCAUCCAGGUCAAAUAAAGGCUCGAGAUCUGACCCGAAACACUCAUCUAAACCCACCAAAUCCAGCACCAAAACCUCGUCGUCUGCCAGCGCCAGUAAGGCCUCUUCCCUCCCUCCUCCAGUGUGGACUGAAUCUCCUUCCUCACUUGAUAAGAAAACACAACAGAGCAGUACAAAAUCACCACUCAAAUCAUCAAGCACCAAAAGAGAAAAGAUCGAGGCCUCAGUGGAACCGGUUAGGGAGGGAGCUAAAGACACUGAGAGUGCAGUGGCAAAGUCUGACCACAGGGUGUCAGCAGAGGGCACUGCUGCAAAAUAUGUCGAGUCAGAGGCAGAAAUAGAAACGACAAGAGAGAUGCAUCCAGCCCAGCAGGAACAUGGAUCAGAUUUGAACCAAGCCCAGCAUCUGGAGAUUGAUUUAGAUACAAACAAAACCCAGAGGACGAGCAAGAGGAUGACACACAUACAGAGGAGGUCGACAAUUCAUCUGACGGUCAGACAGAUGAGCGAAUGGAAGAGUGUGGUCAAGAUGGAAGCUCUGCACCUCAGCGCGAGAGACAGUGGAGCAACGACAAGUCAAGGAGACAGUGGCCUGGUCCAAAGAGAUGGUUCCACUUCAAAGCAGCUGUCCGAGGAAGGUUCAGGUCCAACAGCGGACCAAUCUGAUGAAAACCCUGCAGUUAAAGUCGAAGAUGCGGAAAGUCUUCAAGACCAUUCUCAAGAGAGCGACGACAAACCCAAUCUCAGACAUCCUGAUAGCGAUGGAACUGAUCAAGAGGCCUUUGAAAUAUUGGAUUCCAUCGAUGAUCAAACCCAAAUGGAAGAAAAACAGAUACCCAAAGAUGACGAUGGACCCGCAGAGGAUGGGGAGGAAGCAUAUGAGGUCAUUGAUUCUGUGGGAGAUCAGCCGACGACGACAGAGUCAGAGUCCGAACAGAAGCAGCAAAGACCCAGGAGGGGGAGGACCGCGUCGAGAAAAGAUGAUAGACCUUCACGGCGGAGCGGCCCAACAAGCAAAGCAGCGGAGGAAUCUCCCAAGAGACAAGACAGGACGGUUAAAGCACCCGAGGCCAGGACAAAGAUGGACAAAAAAGCGGCGCUAUUUGAAAUAGUAGAUUCCGUUGAAGAGGGUGGUGCCGCAUCCAGAGAAAGCUUGGGUAGAAGAAGAAGUACGAGAGGGAAACCCGAAGAGGUCACAUAUGAGAUUUUAGACUCAGUGGAGAACGAACCGGUCGCUGAAGAACCGACAAUCACAACAAGGAGAUCAACCAGGGGAAAGAGGGGAAGAACAGCUGAGGACGCUUCGACGGGGAAAACAAAAGAAGAGGAUGCGCCGACGGGAAGGAGGCAAACCGCUCCCAGGGAGAAAACUCCAAAGAAAGACGAGAAAGCUCCUCCAAAAGAGAGCGAGAGAGUUGGCGCUGAAGGAGAUCCAAGAGAGGAGGUCGCCACCUAUGAAGUACUAGACUCUGUGGAGGACGAGGUUCUGAAUGAUCAGCCGGUUACAAGAGGGAAAGGAAAAAGGGGAAGACCAAAGAGGCAGGUUAAAGCUGCUUUAAAGAAAGACGGUGCAACUUCAGAGAAAGUGGCCAAAGAAGAAGAGGCGACGUAUCGGAUUCUGGAUUCUGUGGAGGAUGAGUCGGUUGACGAUCAGCCACCGUCAGACCAGUCUGGGAAUAAAAGUAAAGAGAGUGUUUCUAAAAACGCCACCCAGCAAGAUCAGGAUAGAACAUCUCUUAAGGGAUCGACCAAAAAGGCGGAGGAGGAAGAAGAGGAGGAAGAAGAACCGUUGUUCCAGAUCGUGGAUUCUCUGGAGGACGAUCAAGUUCAGGAAGAGCUGGCACCCACCGAGGUGUCCGAUGGAGCCAAGACAGGAGAGGAAUCUCCUCGAGAAGAAGGUGAAAUAGAAGACACGCAAACCUGCCGUGCCACAGUUGUGGAAGCAUCUGAAGAAUUGGUUGAGAAGGAGGAAAUUCUCCUUCAGAGAGUCGGUGAGUUAGAGGAGGGAAAUGAAGGGUCUGAUACCGGUGAGAAGGAAAGGACAUCACCUGGGAAAUGUCAUGGUGAUACUGCGGCGCUCGAAAGGGAGAAAUCCCCCGAGAAAGAACAGACGCCGAGCACCCUGGUCAGCCUGGACGAAGUCAGCGAUGAGGAGGAGGAUUACCCAGACGACAGAGAAGAGGAGGAAGAACUGAGGAGGCGGCAAGCCGUCGCAAAAGAGAAGCGGUUUCCCAAGGAGCAUGACGUGAGGGGCAGAAGGGAGGAGAGGGAGCGACGGAGCCGGAGCGAUGGCAGCAGAGGAGGAGGAGGAGACGACGGACGAAGGAGCAAAAGGGGGAAGGAGGAUGAGAGGGCGGAGGUGGACGCCCGAGAGAUGGUGACUCUGGACGAGGUGGGGGCGGAUGAGGCCAAGGAUGAAACGGCGCCGGAGAGACGAGUGUCGGACGAGGAGGAGGCGCGGGCACUCGUCACUCUGGACGAGUUCGUAGACGAGGAGGCGGAGGAAAAGGCGGAGCCAAUUAAAGUGGAGGCCCGCCCUCUCGGCCAGGAGGACGAAUCAGUGGAUGACCUGAACCAAGAGACGUUGGUGACUCUAGAUGAAGCCUGCUGCGACGAAGAGGACAAGCUGCACGACGAGCAAGCUGAGGAGACGUUAGGAUCUUCAAAACGGAAACAUCAUGACGACACAGAGGAAGGUAUGAACUUUGUGAUCGUAGAUGAGGUGAAGGAUGAGGAGAAAGAGGAAAUGUCCACACCCAGGACAAGAGGCCGACCUAAGAAGAGAACCAGACUGACCCCUGUAAGAAAAUCCACCAGAGGGAAAAAUGUGGUUUCACAUGAAGAAGAAAAGGAACCCAGUGAUGACCUGCCUCCCUCCUCACUUGAAGCCUCCUCAUCGAUGGACAAAGAUGCGUCCAAACUGUCAAAUGUUGGCGAGCAGGCAGUCCAGAAGGCAGCAGAGGUGGAAGCUAUGACCCAAGCCGACAUCGAAACGGCCUCUGCUGACCCGGAGCUGCAGCCGGAGGACAAGACGCUGGAGAAAUGCGCAGAGAUAAGCGAGGAGGAGGAGAGGGAAGAAAAGAGCAGGACGGACAUUAAAGACGCGAGUAAAAAGAGGAGGGACGCGGUCGGACCUGAAGCAAAGCGGUCUCGUUCUCAAUCUCCUUCCGUCCCUGCCGACUUCAAACUGCCGGAAUUCAAACCCAACAACCCCCUCGGUAAAGAGUUUGUGGUCCCCGGUUAUUUUUGUAAGCUGUGCUCGGUUUUCUACAAACACGAGAGCACGGCCAAGGAGCUCCACUGCAGCAGCCAGACACACUUCAACAACCUGCAGAAACAUUAUCGGGAGCUUCAACAGAAAGCAGGAAGUUCAACACCAAGUUGUCAGGGUUCCUUUCCUGAGUGAUUGCAAAACCCGUCCACUGAAUCCCGGUGGUGGCGUUCCUCCUCCUCCCUUCCACAGUUUCGGUGCCUUGCUUUGCUCUAUGGUUGCACAAUUUCAUUGCUUCACUUGCGUUCUGUAAAACACAAGAAGCACAACCUGAUGUUCUUUGUAUGGUGUCAAGAGUUUCGACCGUUUAAAAGGUGCAACAUGACCUACAUUUUUACAUCCACUGAUUUUUCUUCAAAUAUGAACGUCACCCACUUUAACCAAGGGAACAAUCUCAACCAGUAAAUGAGUUUCCAGUAAUGACCCAAAGCCGUCAUUUUCUCAGCCCUAGGAAGUGCAGUCUGCAAUCAUUCAAAAAUCUCUAUCAGGUCUAAAUGCCACCAAAUAGUUCUCUUAUGUGAAUUGGCAUGUCUUAAAGGAGCAAUGUGUAACCCUGACAUCUAGUGUUUAAAGUGGGUACUGCAGUCAAAAUUCAAAACAUUGGAGAGCGCACUACAGUCAAUGGUUGCCAUAUCAUGGACUCUGUAGCUUCAGUGUUUAGCCAGCUCUGCAUUGGUCACGCCGUAACAGAACUGUAAGAAGUAUAAACAAAAAACGCUUCAUAGACACUUUCCAGCUCUGGCCAAAGAUGCUCUGUUCCAAAUUUGGUGACAAUGACCCAAAGUUUCUUGGGAGUAGUCGGGGGAAAUUUCAAAAUGGCAGAAAGCCAAAUCUAGAGCCAAAAGGUUACGGCCUAGUUGGAUGGAUUUUCCUGGACUCAAAAUCAAAAAGGCAAAACAUUUGAACUCCAGUGUUCAAAAGUACAAGACAAAAAAACACAAUGACUUUGUUGUAUUUCCACCAAAUGAAAUCACUCCAAAUGUAUCACUUAAGUGUUGUGGUACUCCAUUUCGGUCUUGGUCUUAAGACCGGCACUUUGUGAAGGUCUCAUCUUGGAAUCGAAAGCAUUUUUACUCAAACUCAGACCAGGCAGACUGUGGAUUUCAUAUCAAGACCGAUCACUUCCACCACUGACCGGCUGUUUGUCCACGUCAUUACGGUGAUUAGAAGGAAAACGCCCCCUUUUUCUAAAACAACAAAUAACUUUAAAUUAAUUCAUAGUUUGAUUUUUUUAUCCCCCAAUUACAGCCGCAACCUUCCCGAUGUUACAGUCUAAAUUCGUGACACGCACACCAUAUGAUGAUUUCUCUGUGAUAUUGAUGGUUUUGGAUUUGGUCUUGGUCUUGACUCGGUCUCAAUCCCUAAAUGUCUUGGUCCUGGAGCACUCUGGUCUCAGGUACGUCUUGGUCUCAGUUAGUUUAGUCUUUACUACUCAUUUGAGUCUUCAUCAAUACAUUCACAAAAUGUAUUGAUGUAUCAAUUUUUCUAAUAAUUUGAAGGAGUAUAAAACACAUCUCUGCCAUCACAUUGUUACUUUCCAUGAAAAGAAGGAUGAGCAGGAAGUAAGGGGCGGGGCACAUGAUUACAUUUCAUAAAGUGAGGGGAUUCUGAUGCAGCAUGUAGCACCUUUUUGAAAGAGAAAAAAUCUUACUCUUGAAGUGUAAAUGUUUUUAAAGUCUUGUAAAUAAAAUCCUGAAAUAAUCGUU